UACAGGAAGGUGAGUGGACUGUAUAUAAAGCCAGGUAGAAGCUUGGUGAGAUUUUAACUGGGACACCGAAGCCCAGAAGAACUGAGAGGAAGAGGCCAGUAUGAAGACCUCCUUCAGCUUCCUGCUCCUCCUACUGGGUUCAGCCCUGUCUUCCCCAGUGCCGGAAGUCAAAGAAAGCAACGACCAUCUAUUGUAUCCUUAUGGGCCAUCUGUGGGAGACUUGAAGAAUCCCAAAGAUGAUGACGGGACAUCCCCAGAGAUAAGCACUAAAAGCAACUUCACCUUUUAUGGCAAAACGUUUCGGAAGAUUUUUGUGAACAACAAUGGUGUGGUUUCUUUUGGUGUUCCUGUUCCAGAGUAUACUCCAGAAGCUAUCCCUCUAGCGAAUGGAAAGCAUUUUGUUGCCCCCUACUGGGGGGAUGUCAAUAACAUUCUGGGUGGUGACGUUUUCUAUCGGGAGGUAAAUGACCCAGAAACGCUGCAACAAAUUACCAAGGAUAUCCAUCAGUACUUCCCCAACUUGCCUUUCACUUGUACCGGGGCUUUCAUUGCCACCUGGGACCAUGUAGCCUAUUUUGGAUCCGUCUCCCAAAAGACCAAUACUUUCCAAGCUGUUUUGAUAACCGAUGGCCAUAUAUCCUUUAUAAUGCUCAACUAUGGAGACAUCCAAUGGACAACCGGAGCAGCAAGUGGUGGAGACCGUAGGACAGGUCUGGGAGGAAUCUCAGCACAGGCUGGCUUUAACAGUGGAGACGACAAAAACUAUUACAGCAUCCCUGGUUCCCGCACGGCUCAUAUAAUCGACAUUCCAAAAACUAGCAAUGUCCAUGUCCCCGGACGCUGGGUGUUCCAGGUGGAUGAUUUCAAAGUGACCGGAGUCCCUGAAGAACUUCAACGCCUGAAAGAAGAAGAAGAAAAAAAAGCAAAAAGCAAUGAAGAUCAGGGACCACCAAGUAAUGAACAUAAUGAAGCUGAGGUAACAACUACGAGGAAUCCACCUGAGGCAGAAGAAUCAAAUGUUUCACAAGUCAAUGAGGGCAACUCUGAAGUUCAAGGACAAGAGGUAAAGGACGAACCAGAAGCUGUUCCUCCAGAAAACCAACAUGAAGAUGAACAGACACAGACCAACCAAGAUAGUGACGUCAACCCUGAGAAAGAACAAGAGGCAAAGGAAGAACCAGAAGUUGCUCCUCCAGAGAACCGAAUUGAGGAAGGGGAGUCACAGGUCAACCAAGUCUAUGAAAACCCUGAGGAAAAGGAAUCACAGAAACAGGAAGAGAAUGAAGGUGUUUCAGCUGUGGAUGUACCAGAGCUUCCAGUGCAAAAACCAGAGCUAGUCACACAGAUUAAUGACAGUGAUGAGGAUGAUGAUGACUGUGAGUGAUAUCAUCACCGAAUGUUUGGAAGAUCAGCUCAGGAUCCAUCAGAACAGAGGCAUCCAGGACAAGAAAAUAAUCCUCUGCUUUCCUAGACAUGCAGGAAACCUUCUGUAGACACAAUCCAAAUGUAGUAAAGUAAUAAAAGAGCUCUGAAGAUUUCA